CGACGCGCUGGCGGGAGGGACAGCAGCCAGCCAGCCGGUGGCGCAGCCGUGCUGGUUUUAAGAGGCUGCUCCCAUGAGGUUAAAUCAGAACAUUUUGCUGCUGGGGAAGAAGGUGGUGCUGGUACCCUACACCUCGGAGCACGUGCCUAGGUAUCAUGAGUGGAUGAAAUCAGAGGAGCUGCAGCGUUUGACAGCCUCAGAGCCGCUGAGCCUGGAGCAGGAAUAUGCCAUGCAGCAGAGCUGGCGGGAGGAUGCGGACAAGUGCACCUUCGUUGUGUUGGAUGCCGAGAAGUGGCGGGCCCAGCCAGGCCCCACUGAGGAGAGCUGUAUGGCGGGAGAUGUGAACCUCUUCCUCACAGACCUAGGGGACCCUUCCCUGGGGGAGAUCGAGGUCAUGAUUGCAGAGCCCAACUGCAGGGGCAGAGGCUUUGGCACAGAGGCCGUUCUCAUGAUGAUGUCUUAUGGAGUGGCCAAGCUGGGUCUGACCAAGUUUGAGGCUAAAAUUGGGCAAAGAAAUGAACCAAGCAUCCGGAUGUUCCAAAAGCUUCACUUUAAGCAGGUGGCCGUGAGCAGCAUCUUCCAGGAGGUGACACUGAGACUGACAGUGAGCCAGCGGGAGCGGCAGUGGCUCCUGGAGCAGACCAGCUACGUGGAAGAGAGGCCCUACAGGGAUGGGUCAUCGGAGCCCCACUGUGUCAGUGGCUCCACAAGGCCAGAGCCCUGCACCAGGCGGUGAACCGACGGGCUUGGGUAUGGAGUGCUCCUGGCCUCCUGCAGGCUGGCAGCGUGGCUGAGUGACUCCAGGGCCCACCCGGACUCAGGCUCUCGGAACCUGGAGGGAACAACACAAAUCCGCGGGAGGACGGAUGCAGGGUGGAGCGGGGAGCUGGAGGCAGAGGGGACCCUGGCAGAUGGGCAGGAUCUGCCUUCCCCUGAAGGCCAGAGGCACCGCCCUGGGGCUGAGGCCUGGCCCGGAGUAAAGUGAUCAUGCAGCUUU